AUGGUGGUUCAAAGAUUGAGGACCUUAGUGUUGUUUGGGGUUAUUUUGUUGUUUUGUUACACAUGGAAAUUCUUCCUGCCGAGAAAUCCAAAAAGUGUGGUUUAUGGGGAGGAGAUGAUCAUACCGCAGGAUGUUUGGGAACAAGUUAAGAAAAACAACGAGAUUUUGCACGAUAACGAGGUUGAGAGGGAACGGGUGACGACGACGAGUUCGACGACGGGUUCGACGACGAGUACGGUGGAAGAAAUCAAGACAUCGACGAUACCUGAAGUAGUGGUAGUGACAGAUUCACGAACGGUAUUGACGCCUUCACCAAUACCAACAUAUACGCCACAUGAAGUAGCCGAGCCAUCCAAAUCCCAGAUGGCUCAAAAUGAGGCCUCGGAAUCAAGACAACAUUUUUCCUCGGAGCAGACACAAGCUCCAAAAGCAGAAAGUAAUGAACAGCAUAGUAGUUCAUCUCAAGAGGUCCAGCAACAGCAAGAAUUCAAUCCGAAGAUCAAAGAUAAUUUCCCAUUAGCAAUGAACGCUCGCUCCGCCGCCGACUUACCUCCCAUCCCCCCAUGGAACAAACCUCCGACCCCUCACGUAAAAGAGAAAACGCCCCUCUUCAUUGCUUUCACUAGGAACUGGCCAUUACUCCAACAAACGGUUGUCUCUUGGAUAACUUCAGGUUGGCCAGCCGAAGAUAUAUAUGUCGUUGAAAACACCGGUACGAUGAGAUCUAACGAAUUUGGCCGUCUUUCCCUCCAAAAUCCUUUUUUCCUAAAUCACACUCGACUUCAUAUGUUAGGUGUGAAUGUCAUAGUUACACCUACUCUUUACACAUUUGCUCAGUUACAGAAUUUCUUUCUCUGGACCGCUAUCGAAAAGGACCUCGAGACAUAUUUCUGGAGUCAUAUGGAUAUCGUUCCUAUCACUUUCGAAGAGGACAUCUCCGUAUCUGAUGAUUACUCUGGGCACAAAACUAUCUACCAACAUGCUAUCGAAGUUCUGAAAUCGGCACAAUCACCUGGACCGGACCCGAAUUCCUCAGAUCGAAGCAAGCCAUGGGCAAUGAGAUUCUUUGCAUUUGAUUACUUAACCUUGGUAAACAGAGCGGCUUUUGAAUCGGUCGGUGGAUUCGAUACUACUAUUCCUUUCUAUCAUACUGAUUGUGAUAUGUACGAUCGAUUGAUCAUGGCUGGAUAUGAGAUGAACGAGCCACGCCACUUAAUGACAACAGUUGGGGAUGACUUUGACGGAUUAGAUAGAGCUGGACGUGGAUAUAUUUAUGAUGUUGCGAAUAGCAUUGACGAUUUGAUCGUUCUAUACCGGAAGAAGAAUACUGUAGAAGCCAGUUUUACGGACCAGACCAGACCGGAAGAUAUUGAAGCAGCACGCAAGCAUAACGAGGAGCAGCUGAAGAUGGAAAAGGAAGCUCAAGAGCAAGAAGAGGCCCGGAGAAAGGCCGAAGAAAACAAAAAACAGGCUGCGAUUGAUGACGAGAAUGCGCAAGCGCAUGCAAAAGCAAUGCAAGAACAGGUGAAAGCUCAGGCAAUGAGAGAGCAAGCUACACUUGACAAUAAAGCCGAAGAGAUAAAAAAACAGGAGGAAAAGGCCCAGAAUGAAGGUCAUGUUAUGGAUCACCCAAAAACUGAUGCCGAUGCCAGUAAAGGAUAUGAAAGCGACAAUGCUGAGGUAAAAGGGUCCUCAGAUAGACAGCAAGAAUUGCGACAAGAAAAGGAAAAAGAGGAGAAAGAAUCCAGUUCCUCAACUACCCACUCAAAUGUGGGCGAGUAUAGAAAGCGAGAUCUGGAAGAUUCGUUAGCAAAUACCCAAAUAAAAUCAUUAGCGGAUCUCCAUCAUGACGCCACCUCAAAGCCAGCCUCAAAAAGUCCAACUGCAUCAACGGCGUCUUCUCCAUCCACAUCUUCAAACUCGAAAUGGAUAACCGACCAGCCCGGUUCCCCGGCGUAUUUUCAACUCCUCCAAGUCGUCAACGACAUGGUAGGGGCCAAGUACUCCCAAGGCGGCGAUGGUCGGAAUACAUGGCAACAUCAACAAUCCGGAGGUCAAGGCGAACCUUAUUAUCGCAAUGCAGAUGGAUUUGAAAAGGCCGUUCAAAUGACUAUCACAUUAGGAAGAGGAGUUUAUCUCGAGAAAUGGGGAACGCUGGAGUGUGGGUUGAUCAAAAGUGGAGUCACGAUGGAUGAUGAGUGGAAGCCUCGCGAGUGGAAUAUGCAGUGA